GGGGGGGGGGGGGGAGCACCGCGGGUUUCUGCCCUCUCUAGCAGCACCUGCGUGUCAGGGCAGCACGCCGCCGUAGACCCACUUCCACCGAACACUUCUCGCUUCCUCGCCGCUGUGGGGCUCAGUUCGGCUCCUCUGCGCUGCGCCGCCGUCGCUCUCCCGAGGACGCACUUGAUGCAGCAGCUGCUUCCUGCGGGACAACUCCGGGAACCGGGAGACUGGAGCGGAGGAGCCGGAGGGGGACAUGCCUACUGCUGCUCGGUGGCACCGCGUGCUGAUGUGGAACGCGGGGUUAUCCUGACGCCUUCUGGACUUGUUGCUGCAAGGAGGAAACGGAACCAGCGGCUUUUUACGCGAAGUUCCUCUCUUCUGCGGAGCUCAGACCGUCCACGCUGACGCGCGCCGAGCAGUGCGCGGGACCCACUCAGCUGCGUCCAGUCCGUGCGUAAAACCAAGCCAACUGAAUUCAGCUGUUUCCCGGCGGCGGAUGCUCCGUGGACGCUCCGCUGCUCCGUGACGCUUCGUGCAGAGCCUCUCAGAGCCGCAGGACCGGCGAAGAAGCAGGAUGGCGGCAGGAGUGGCGGCGUGGCUGCCGUUCGCGCGCGCGGCGGCCAUCGGCUGGAUGCCCGUGGCCAGCACCCCGAUGCCGGUGCCGCCGAGGGACAAGCACCGGGACCACGACGCGCUCAUCGUCCUCAACGUGAGCGGCACGAAGUUCCAGACGUGGCGGGACACGCUGGAGCGGUACCCGGACACCCUGCUGGGAAGCACGGAGCGUGACUUCUUCUUCCACGAGGAGAGCAACGAGUACUUCUUCGACCGCGACCCGGACAUCUUCCGCCACGUCCUGAACUUCUACCGAACCGGGAAGCUGCACUACCCGAGGCAGGAGUGCAUCUGCGCCUACGACGAGGAGCUGGCGUUCUUUGGCAUCAUCCCGGAGAUCAUCGGGGACUGCUGCUACGAGGACUACAAGGACCGGCGGCGGGAGAACCAGGAGCGCCUGCAGGACGACGAGGAGAUGGACCCGAACAACGAGCUGAUCACCGCCGACAUGAGCUUCCGCGAGACCAUGUGGCGGGCAUUCGAGAACCCGCACACCUCCACCAUGGCGCUCGUCUUCUACUACGUUACCGGCUUCUUCAUCGCGGUGUCGGUAAUGGCCAACGUGGCGGAGACGGUCCCGUGCGGCGGGGCGCGGAGCCGCGUCAAGGAGAUGUCCUGUGGCGAGCGCUACGAGCUGGCCUUCUUCUGCCUGGACACCGCGUGCGUCAUGAUCUUCACGGUGGAGUACCUGCUGCGCCUCAUCGCGGCGCCGAGCCGCUACAAGUUCGUCAAGAGCGUGAUGAGCAUCAUCGACGUGGUGGCCAUCAUGCCCUAUUACAUCGGCCUCGUCAUGACGGACAACGAGGACGUGAGCGGGGCCUUCGUCACCCUGCGAGUCUUCAGGGUGUUUCGUAUCUUUAAGUUCUCGCGGCACUCCGCGGGACUUCGCAUCCUGGGCUACACGCUGAAGAGCUGCGCGUCGGAGCUCGGCUUCCUGCUCUUCUCCCUCACCAUGGCCAUUAUCAUCUUCGCCACCGUCAUGUUCUACGCAGAGAAGGGGUCCAGCGGCAGCAAGUUCACCAGCAUCCCCGCAGCCUUCUGGUACACCAUCGUCACCAUGACAACGCUGGGAUACGGCGACAUGGUUCCAAAGACCAUCAUGGGGAAGAUCUUCGGCUCCAUCUGCUCUUUGAGCGGCGUCCUGGUCAUCGCCCUGCCCGUUCCCGUCAUCGUCUCCAACUUCAGCCGGAUCUACCACCAGAGCCAGAGAGCGGAGAAGAGACGGGCCCAGAAGAAAACCAGGCUUGCUAGAAUUGGUGCAGUGAAGAGUGGAGGGGCUCAUGCUUAUUUGCAGCACAAACGCAGCCAGCUGCUGAUUGGCCCAGAUGAGGAGGCGUCAAAGGAAGCAGGACAGUCCCUGGUGUAUAGAGCCAACCCCACCUUCGAGGUGCAGCAUCAUCACCUGCUGCAUUGUCUGGAGAAGACAACGAACCAUGAGUUUGUGGAUGAGAAAACAUUUGAAGCCAGCUGCAAGGAGGUGGCUCUGGUGAAGCAGGUGUCUCGGUCUUCAUCCGUGUCCUCGUCUACCUCACCACACGGCCUCAGCUCCUGCUGCGCCCGCAGAAAGAGGAAAGGCUUCAAAGUCUCCAACUCCCACACGUCUGUGGGUCAGCAGGGCAACGUCCAAGAGCUGAGCACCAUCCAGAUCCAGGAGGGACCUGUGACCAACAGCCGGUCCAGUCGGUCCAGCCGAUCCAGUCUAAAUGCCAAAUUCAAGGAGGCGCUUCCUCUGAACUGUGAGCAGCCGUACCUCACCCCCAUCGCCAUCAGCAUUCCCACGCCGCCCGGCACCACACCCGAAGGGGACGACUCCACCAGCUCCACCGACUGCUCCCGGGCCGACAUCAUCCGGGUGUCGACGCUCUAGAGAAAGGUGCGGUCCAGCUCCGAGAUGAGACUGAUCACAACUGAUGUGGAAUCUAACCCGUCACCCGUGGCAACACAGAUGCUGAGGCAGCUUCUUGUCCGACUGGUCUGUAAGGUUCUGGUCAAAGGAUGGAAGGAGGGGAAACAGCUGGUCACCAGUCGGACCAGCAGAACCCGCUGCUGAGCAGCUGUGUCGUCCGCUCUGUCUUCCAAAGCCAAACGUUAAUAAUAUCGUGUCUGCUUCUGUUCAUCGAACUCUUCAGGUAAAAGGAAACCGACUCGUCUGUCGCUGUGGCAGCGUGUUCAGGACUGGGUCGCCUACAUGUUUGUGGUUCUGAUGUUUGUUUAACAGCUUCUGACUCACACAUGUUGAACUGUUCCUGUUGUUCAGCUGCAGGUCAUGUUUUUAGGAAUAAUACACAUUUAAAUACAGGAGAAAUGUGCUAAGUUUCAUAUUCCUUUGAAUAUGCACUUCGUAGAAAUGUGAGAUGACUUUGUGCUUAUUUUUAAACUUCAUAUUUUUUAUUACAGUUUAAGCAGCCAUAAAUCCUCUCCUGCAUGUGAUCAGUGUUUCGUUGGUAGUUGUGUUUAUUGGUGUAUUUUUCCGUUCCUUCAUCUUCCAGUUCGGACCGUGUGCUGAGCGCUGCAUGCUGCGCGUCUAGGUCUGAGUCACUUUGUCAAUCUUAUCUUCAGGGACUUUUUGCUUCUGGACUAAACCCGAACCUGAAACCAUGUUCGGUGCAUUUGAGUGCAUGGACUGUCAUCCUGCUCAUCAUGUGUCAGUCCAAAUGACAUCUGAGGAAGCGACGUGGUCUGGAGACCUUCAUGAACUGUGGCCUGUUUCUGUCUGGGUCCGUUAUUGGUUUUUAAACCUUCAGUGAAGAUUCCUCAGAACCAUCAGUAUCUGCCCGGGGGGUCCGACCCAAGACCUAAUACAGACAUGUUCAACAGACACGUGUCGAUACAAAGACCUUCUCAACCAUCUCAUGGCUGUUUAUGCACAUCUGGAUUAUGGACCUGAGACAACAGCACAUCACAAAUUUUAGGUUCAGACACAGGUUUGUCCCUUGUUCUGGUCUUUAGGCGACCUCGAGUUAUGUUUUUGAGCCCGCUGGGUCAGGACUGCUGUCUGGCUGUUGUUACUGUGAUAGCUGUCGUGCAGUGAACCUUUUGUUGGGUCCUGGUAUGACGUGCAUGUUUGCUCUGGUUGGCCUUGUGUUGGACAAGCUGAGGCGAUGUCACAGUCACAAUGAGUUUUUUUUGUUUAUUUAAAGGUUUUGACUUGUUAAGGAUAAUCUAGAAAACAGAAGCAUCCUUUUCGUCUGGUGCCGUAUCUGAAUAAAUAGAUUAAACUUUGUCCCACUGGUUUAA